AUGACAUUGCUGGAAACGGUUGUUCUUAACAUUAUCGACGAUUACGCUAAGAAUCUCUACAGUCGCCGAUCAACAGUCAACGUGUCCGUCGAAGGCAUUGGAUCAUCCACACAGAAGGUCAGUACUGCCAUUACCGCAACCAUCGAGUCGGGAGAUCAAACGAUCUCGAUGAAAUUGCAGUUUUUGGUAUUGAAACAACCAUCAUCGGAGCUGCCAACAACGCCGAUUGACAUUUCGGCAUGGAAAAUUCCGGAUGUAAGGCUAGCAGAUCCUCAGUUCAGUAUUCCCGGAAGUGUCGACCUCGUCAUCGGCAGUGAAACUUACUGGGAACUCCACACGGGUAGGAAGAUUUCUCUAGGUGAAGGUCUUUCGUGGGUAGUCGAAACCCCAUUUGGUUGGGCGGUUACUGGUCCCGCAGCUCGCACGGCUACCUGCAUUCCACGGUUUUGCUAUCUCUCCACCGUAGAUGAACGGCUGGAAUCCACUCUACAAAGGUUUUGGGAAAUGGAAACAAUUCCAUCGGAUCCGGUCCAGUCUACCGAAGAAAGUCGUUGUAAGGAGCUGUACGCUGCAACGACUACGCGUGAUUCAUCAGGAAGGUACAUCGUGCGUCUCCCACGGGUUGAAGAUCCCGAAAUCAUGCUCGGAGAAUCGAGAUCAAUAGCAGAUCGAUGCUUUCUGAGCUUGGAACGUCGACUCGAGCGAGAUCCUGCGACCAAGGACUCGUAUCAUAGGUUCAUGGAGGAGUAUCUGCAACUUGGACACAUGAAGAAGGUGGAAGAGCCUGUAGAUGACUACAUUCAACACUGCUAUAUUCCACAUCACGUCGUAUUCAAGGAAUCCAGUACGACCACGAAAGUCAGGGUUGUCUUCGACGCGUCAUGCAAGACUUCGUCGGGCUAUUCCUUGAACGACACUCUGCUUGUUGGACCUGUUGUUCAGCAAGAUCUCUACUCGAUCUAUUAG